AUGGCUUACAUGGCAGGCCAAUCGGGUGGCUACAUCAUGCUUCGAUUUACAAAAAGGGAUUUGUAUAACUAUGUUCACAGUCAACGGCGAGCACGAAUCUUGGAUGGGGAUGCAGCUGCAACUAUAAGCUACUUGGAGGGGAAGGCAAAUGCGGACCUGAUGUCAGUCGUUAGAUACACAACGACUACAGAUAAUUGGUUGGGUAACUUAUCUUGGGUGGAUGGUAUCAUGAAAUCUGAUUAUGAGUUGUUUGGUGAUGUCCUUGCAUUUGACGUGACGUACCGUGGGAACAAGUACAAGAAACCUCUAGUGGAUGAGGAGGUCUGCACUUACAGAUGGGUUCUGCUAAACGUUUUGGAUGUUAUGGGUCAAAGAACACCGAACCUUGUUGUGACGGAUGGGGAUAAGGCAAUGCGCGCUGCCAUUGCGGAGGUGAUGCCUUCAGCCAAGCACAGACUAUGUGCAUGGCAUCUGGAGAAAAAUUGUGUCCAACAGGUAAAGGAAGUUGAAUUUCGGAAAGUAUUCAAGAAGGUUAUUUAUGCAAACUUUGAUGUUGACGACUUGGAUAGGGUCGUGAAAGAUUAUCAGAACAAUGAGGUUACUGCACAAUUUUACUCCACUUAUUACACACUCGUGUUAAAUACUGGAUUAGAUGCAAUAGAGUUGUCUGCGUCGAAGCUGUAUACAAGAGCUGUUUUUAGGGAGAUUAAGAAGCAAAUCAAGGGUGUCGCAACGCUAUUGUUUCAGGGAAGGGAGAGCAUCAGCACGACCAUCGUGUAUAGCUUUAGUAAAAUGAGUAGACCGGAUCAUGUAUUCAAGGUUUUGUAUGAUCCGAAUGACCGAAAGAUUGAGUGUGAGUGUAAGAUGUGGGACAGUUAUGGCAUACCGUGUUCCCAUAUAUUUUGUGUCAUGAAGUAG